UUGGAUGCCCGGGAUCCACUAGGGACUCGAAGUUCGUUUCUUGAGGAAUACAUGCGUAAAGAAAAAAAAUACAAGCAUUUUAUUUUUGUAUUAAAUAAGUGUGAUCUUAUCCCUUUAUGGGCUACCGCGCGAUGGCUUCAAGUUUUGAGCAAAGACUACCCAACUGUGGCAUUUCAUGCCAGUGUUAAUCAUCCCUUUGGUAAGGGUAGUCUGAUCUCGCUCCUUCGACAAUUUGCAAAAUUGCAAAACGUUACGCAUCGGGGUAGUAAACGAACAAAGACACCUAUUUCUGUGGGUGUGAUUGGUUACCCUAACGUGGGUAAGAGUUCUUUGAUUAACACGCUCCGGCGAAAAUCUGUUUGUAAGGUGGCACCCAUUCCAGGAGAAACGAAGGUGUGGCAGUAUGUUGCUCUUACGAGGACUAUUUUUCUGAUUGACUGUCCAGGUGUUAUUUAUGAUCGUGAAACAAACAAUGACGUUCAGGCCGUUUUAAAAGGUGUUGUGCGUGUAGAACGCUUGGGAAAUGCAGACAAGACUGACGUUGUACACACCGUUCUUGAGAUUGUGAAACCUAAAGACAUAGUCGCUACCUACGGUGUUUCUGAAUGGCGUGAUGUGAAUGACUUUCUUGAAAAGCUGGCAAAGCUUAGGGGCAAACUUGUUACUGGGGGAAACCCCGAUACAGAAGCUGCGGCGCGUAUGGUUCUCUACGACUGGCAGAGGGGACGAAUCCCCUGGUUCAGUGCUCCGCCCUUUGACUCGAAUAAGCACUAUCGUGAUGCCUUGGAGCAACCAGAGGCAAAACAUAUGAAGUUAAUUGAGCAUUAUGGCACGUUUAACAUAGUGGAUGGUGCCAUGGAUCGCAACGAGGAAACAGAUGAGGAAGCAGAAUCGCAGCACAGUUCUGAUGUUUCUGAGGUCGACGCUUCUAGUACGAAACAAACUCAGAAAAAUAAAAAAGAACCCAAUAUUCAUGCGACAGUUGCCACGUAUACGUCCGAGCAGAACGCUGUAAAGCAGAAGGAACAAAGAAAGAAAGCCAGGUCCGAAGCCGCCAGUAAAACCCCUCGAAUCAAGGAGACGAGUAGCAAUAAUAACGAUGAUGAUGAGUUAUGGAAUCGUUUCCUUGCUGCCGCUAAAAAGUGA